AUGACCGGACAAUCCUGGACACGUGCUCUCAUCAUCUUUCAUCAUCUCUCAAUUUUCGCCGUGCACCAAUUUCAUUUUGGCUCAAACGGGUCUCGUUCGGGGAGGGGAUCUCCGUUCCCUCGGUUCCAAGCAGGUGCAAGCAUGUCGUGUUUCUGCUCUCGCCGUCGCUCACGACAACAGGCACCGCUGAAGGCGCAGGCCUUGGCCGUUUCCAUCAAGGCACCUGCUGACUUCGAGGUCCGAGGAGCGGCUGCGAAUCUACGUGACCUCAGUGAUGAAGUUCUUUCAGCCGUUCUGCUUUGUCUACAUGGUGCUGAGGUUGCUGCACGUCUUGGUCCUGCCGCCAGAUUUAUUCAGCACCGGCUAGACGAAGAUGUUUCGAAUCCUUUGACAUCCUUAUGGAGCAGAUUCAUGACGCAGGAGUUUCAAAGAAGUGAUCUAUGGACUCCUGGACGGACAGAGGCAGCCAAGGCCUCGUACAAGGUCUUGACGCAACGACGGCGAUGCAAGACCAUCGAAUGGCGACGACUUCCCUGUAACCACACCCUGGGGGCAAGGGAGGGCUCGCCUGGAAUGUUCUUCCGAUCUGGCCGCGUCUUCGUGUUAGGCGGCUGGGGGGCUCAUGGCCCGAUGGGUGAUCUUCAUGUGGGGCCAUUAGCAGCGCCACUCCGUCUAGAAGAGGUUGACGUGGAGGGCAGGGGCCCACCGGCCACGUACGAGGGGAAGUUCACAGUCUUGGAUGAGGAGGACAGACCGGAGGAAGGCGAUUUCAAGCUGCAGGUGCUGGUGACCGGCGGCUACUUACAUGGCGGCUACUUCGGUGAGAGCUCCACGUACGGACUCAUGGAAAUCACUGGCGUAGGCGCUGACGUUCGAGCUCGCUGGGUGAGGACUGGAGACAUGAAGCCGCGCUCGAACCACAGUGCAACGUACGUGCCGCCAAGGAUUGCGGGGCCCGCGUUCCCGUCAGGCUACGUCCUCGUGUUUGGAGGAAACUGGAAUGGACGUGUUUGUAGCUCCCUCGACUUGCUUGAUCUGUCCACAUGGACGUGGAUGGAAAACAUCAGCUGCGACGGAGAUCCGCCACAAGCACGUAAUUCACACAGUGCCACGCUGUUGCGAUGCCAAGAUGGAGACGGCAUUCUCAUCAUAGGUGGUGGAUCUGGAGAUGAACGGAACGGUGGACCGCCACGUGGCGGGCAGGACCUCUCGGGUGUUGAUUGUGGUGCAACUUGGCUGCUUGGACUCGAUGGGUUCCCACAGUUCAGAUGGAAGCGCCAGGCUUUGGCAUGCGAAGUUCACGGUCGGGGUCACGUUGCUGCCCGCCUGUCUGGCACCGACACUGUAGUACUCGUCAGUGGCGGCCGUUCUCCAAGCUCCCACUGCACCGCCAUCGCUUCAACUCAUCAGGCUCGCAUGGAGAGCAUGGGCCAUUCUGUCGCUCCUGUCGCUGUGGCCUUUGGAGGCGGGUGUUCCCUGCCGAAUGGCAUGAUUCUCGUGUAUGGCGGCUGGAACCCCCGUCAUGGCACAUAUACCAGCUUUUGGACUGCUUGUGUGGAUGAAGUGGGCUCCAAGAGCGAUUUCUUCCAAAAGUUGGAGAAUCACGAACCCGAGGCCGAGCAUGAGUCGUCUGACGAUGAUUCCAUGUUCGACAUUCCAGGACUGCUUCGCAUGGCUCGCGUGGCCCAGGGCCGGUUGCACCCCAGGCUGCAGCUGAACGAGUCCUUCGCGGCAGGAUACCAAAGCCUUCUUCAGGGCGCAGAGGACGACGAUGAGGAUGUCGAGGAGAACGACGAGGUAGACGAUCAGGGCAUGGACGUGAUGGACGAUACAUCAUCCAGCCAAGUUGAUGAGGCAGCCUUGUGGGAUCUGUCUGAUGACUGA